AUGCUUACCGCACUGGCUGACGAUUUGUUGGAGUCAACUUGUUGUAUCGUUGCUCCCGGUCCAGAAUUGACUGCCGUCAAUCUCUCAGACGUCACGAUUUUCCCGAUGUUUCGGAGACGUUGUUGUCUUUGCCAUUGUUGUAGAAGACGUCCAGUGAGUGUACAAUCUCACACUAUCGACAUCGUCAACUCCAGCAGUUGA